CGUGAAGGGGCGAAGUAAGUUAUGCAGAUGCGGAAAAUCAGUUAAUAUCCACCGUAGUGAAUUAGAUACACCCUGAUGGAGGUUUUCUGUGGUAUUAUGAGGUUGUGUUCAGUCAUACCUAGUUUGACAUUGUUUCCAUAUCCAAGAUGCUCUGAUAUUACUCGAGAAGCAAAGCCACUGUUACAAAGUUGAUAGCAACCGUCAGAUAUAUCAUAGGUUGUAGAAGGCAACCCAUCGAAGCACCAGAGGGCUUUCGAGGAAUCGUAGGCAUCAAUGAACAUGAAACUGGGUCUUCAAGGGACUUGAAGGGAGGUAUGUGGGCGAGGUAAGGAAGACAGAAAAAGUUUGUAUAGCGUUAAUUGCAGGGAUCUCGGCCUGAAGGGCAGAGAACAAAUGAUCUCUGAGAUAAAUGAGCCAUCCACGUCUUGUCUGCCACAUUCGAGGCAGAUCAGAAAUUUCUGCUGCCCUCACGACAACAAAUUCUGUUCAUGUAUCGCCAAGGCGGUCCAUAGAGAAACUAAAUACAGGUUGCAUAUGUUCUCCAUAGUGCUUUGCCAGAUGGCGAGUCUCCAUUGGAGAAGAGAUGACCACUUUCGAGUACUUAGAUGGAGGAAAGACACUAACAGAAGCGAGCUCAUACCGUGUCUUCUUCGCCCCGCACUGUGCCUACUCAACUUACCCUGUUUAGCGGCGUAUGCAUCUUGAAAAUAAUAUGAGGUACUGAAGAAGCACUUUAGAUUGCAUCUACGACAAAGCAUGGAAGAUGUGUCCUAUAGGAACUCUCGGGAUCAGCAUAAGAGUGUGCUUGCGGUCCCCGGGGCAUAGCUGUGAGUACCAUCUACUACUUACUCCUUAGCGUAAUAUGGAUUUGACCAACCUUGGAAUGUGAGGAAAACGGAGUGCCUCCGGGUGAGGUGCCCCAUCGAACUGAUUGUGUGGAUCAAACCACAGCCUUCCGAAAAAUGUCCACACCAUCCCUUCUCCGGUCACACCGCCGAGAAACUGAUCAGUAAAUUCAGGAGACCUGCUAAUAGUACUAGAUGAUGGCGUGGGUCUUCAUGUACGAUAGAUGGGGUACGAGUGGAUAAUUGUUACAUUGAGUGGGAUAAUACUCUUGAUAGGGUACAGGUUGCAAUGGUGUGCCAAUAGGCUUGGGUGUGAAGCACGAACAAACCGCCAGGAUUGUGAUCGCCAUGUACGUAGCUGGCUAGAGCAAGUGAUUGGUCCUGUAUGGCGAUGAGAUAGAUUGGAAUCAUUGGAUGCAUGGGCCUGAGAAUUACGUGCAAGCCGCUAUACAGCGCAAAAGAUACCCUGCUAUAGAGGGUGUGGGACCUUGUAGAGUGAUUACCUUGCU